GACUUAAUAAAAGGUAAACAAGCACUAUCAAACCUCAGUAUCAAGAAGAUAAUACGUUCAUAAGUUCAUAUGUGCGUAUGUACAUAGAUAUUUAUUAAUAAUUAUUGAGUAUAAAGUUCAAUUAUCAAAUAGCCAAAAGAAAAACGUGAAAAAUGAAACGACUUCAUGGAAAAGUUGCAAUUGUCACAGCUUCAACUGAUGGGAUUGGAUUUUCCAUCGCUAAACGGUUGGCUGAAGAUGGAGCAAAUGUUGUGGUCAGCAGUCGCAAACAGAGCAAUGUCGAUGCAGCUGUUGACAAACUCAAAAAACUUAACCUUGAAGUUCUGGGAGUCAAAUGUCAUGUAGGACUUUCCGAAGAAAGGAAAGCCUUGUUCGAACAGACUAUACAAAAGUAUGGCAAACUUAACAUUUUAGUUUCAAAUGCCGCUUCGAAUCCAGCUGUGGGUGGAGUUUUGGAAUGUGAAGAGUCCGUAUGGGAUAAAAUAUUUGAUGUAAAUGUUAAGGCAGCAUACCUCUUGGCCAAAGAAUCUCUUCCUCAUUUGAGAAAAAGUAAAGGAUCUAAUAUAGUGUUUGUUUCAUCUAUUGCUGGCUACGAUCCUUUUGAGUUGUUAGGCACCUAUUCUGUAAGCAAGACAGCACUUAUUGGUUUGACAAAAGCAGCAGCUAAGGAAUUAGCACCUGAAGGAAUUCGGGUCAAUUGUAUAGCUCCAGGAAUUAUUCGAACAAAGUUUUCAAAACCGCUCUAUGAAAGUGAAUCGGCGCAUGAUGAGGCAUUAUCGAGGAUUCCAAUGGGUCGGUUAGGAGAAUCUGAUGAAAUGGCAGGUGUUGCAUCAUUUUUGGUGUCUGAGGACGCUAGUUACAUCACAGGAGAAGCAAUUGUUGCCUCCGGAGGAAUGACUUCAAGAUUAUAAUUUAAGAAGAAAAACAAGUACAUGGAAAAGGUGGUGGAAUUUAAAAUUGAAUAAAAUAUUUGUUUUAUAAAGAUAA